AUGGGCGUCAACAAUGCGCGUGUACUGGAUAUCCAUUAUCCAGACCGCAAUAUUGCUGUUCUUCUCAUCCAUAAUGACUAUGUUGCCGAAUUCAAACAAUUACUUGAAACUAAACAGGUUCACUUCGCUAACAACUUUGACCCCCGGAAUGGUUCUACUCUUAAGGAUCCACAGUAUAAGGAUCUUACAGAACAAGAACGAACUUCCAAAGCAUGUGAAAUCCAACAACAACGCCUUCAACGUGCUGUUCUCCAUAUCCGCGAACUAGUAAAGUUUGCAGUAGCAUACUACUUUUAUCAGCAAAAAUGGUUAACCAAAUCAUUCAUUGACCAACUUAACAACUCUCGCUAUGGACGAUCAGAGGAUGUCUUUGAUAUGGACGAGGAUAUCAUGGGUAACUUCUCUGAAGACACGACGACCAAUGUAGCCAACCUUAGUAGCAUACAACAUUAA